CCUAAGAAGAGAGAAUAUGAGUAUGUCAGCGAGAAAUUGGGCAUUAAAAUCGAGAGGAACCCUCCCGAAGACAAGCUCACUCAACUUGGUGUUAGGCAAUGGCCCAAAUGGGGUUGCCCUCCAAGCAAAUUCCCAUGGACAUAUGAGUCUAAAGAGACAUGCUAUCUCUUGGAAGGAAAAGUGAAGGUUACCCCAAGUGGGGCAAACGAAUCAGUAGAAAUUGCUGCUGGUGAUUUUGUCGAGUUUCCGAAAGGGAUGAGUUGCACUUGGGAUGUUUCGGUUGCAGUUGACAAGCACUAUAACUUUGAAUAAAUCCUACAAAGGGAUAUUCCUAAUGAAUGAAAUAUGAGGACUUUCAUGAACAAUUUGCUGUAAUGUUUAAUGAAAUAAGAACUUUGAAGUAGAUUUCAGUGUUUAUUGGUAAAGGUGUUACUCUCGUAUUAUUUUUGCUA